AUGGCGGGAGCCUCCGACCUACUGGAGGACAUGCUCUUCAAUGAGGUGGACGAAAAGGCAGUAAGCGACUUAGUUGGCUCUCUGGAAUCACAACUCGGCGACAGAAAGGCUCCCGCUGCUUCGUAUUCCGACGUGAAACGGGAGGCAGCUCCGGCCGCCGCCACUCAGCUCUCAGGGAAAGUGCGCGAUCAAGCGGCGUCUGUGGAGCCGCAACAAGGGCAUCCGAGAGCGGGGUUAAACCCGGAGCCCGGCGCCGCGGAGCCUCUCUCCGGCAGAGCACUCACCUCCUCUACCUCCUCUGCCUCCUCUGUCGCCGCCGGGGCCGUGAUCACUACCGGAGCGAGUCUACACACAGUGGGAGCGACUCCUCCUCCGACUGUCUCUCCGGUACCGGGACCGGUAACUUUGAGCUCUCAGCCCGCCGCUGCUAGCUUCCUCCGGGUUGCUGCGGGUCCCAGCACCACCACCACCACCACCGUCCCCGCUGCUAGCUUCCUCCGGGCUGCUCCGGGUCCCAUCAUCACCACCACCACCGCCACCGUCCCCGCUGCGGAGGUUUCUUCUUCUUCUUCUCCCGGAUUACAAAGUUUAAACGGCAACAUUGGAGCCGUGAAGUUGGUGAACUCGCCCGCUGUCACUCCUCCAGCCGGGGCCAACACUGUAAUAAGUGCUGUCAGUGCCGGCGGCUCCUCUAUUAUCGCAUCCAUGGCUUCACAACCUACUUUCCCUGUACCUCAGUCCUCAGUGGCGUCUCCUGCUGCAGCUGUGCAGAGGCACCCCAGCCCGACGACCAGCGUCGCCCACAACGGGGUGGACCCCAAGGGUGGCCAGCUGGUGACCCAAUGUGCACCUUCCCCAUCAUCCACGUCUCAGGUCAUGAACCACAGCAACCCUCUGAUGCACACCAAGAUGUUGGUGUCAAGCCAACCGGUCUCUGGAAACUCUGUCAUCCUGACCAGCGCCCCUCCGUCUGCUACAGUCCAGACCACCAUCAGCCAGACUCAGACUGGGACCAGUCCAGGCCAGGCUACUGUCACCCUGGCUGCUGCUGGUGGUGGGGUGAAGCCUGCGGUCAACGGGGUUGGUCAGCCCGCGGUGGCUGUGGUGAGGCCGCUCGGGACUCCUGUUGUGGCCACUUCCAUCCAGCAGCAGAGACCCGGGUUGGUGGCCACUACCACCAGAGCGGCUGCCCCUCAGCCCGCGCUGGCGGUCCGGCCUCAGCAGCAGACGACCAUCCAGCUUCCUCCUGGCUUCACCAUGCCUCCUGGUAUGGUUCUGGUCCGGACGGAGACGGGCCAGCUGGUGAUGGUGCCUCAGCAGGUCCUGGCUCAGGCGCAGGCCAAGACGCAGCAAGGCCAAGCGGUGGCCAACAUCGCCCAGAGACCCGGGACACCGACGGCCGGGGCCACCAUCCGGGUCACCACCGCCAGUCCGGUUACGACUCAGACCGUCCGCCUGGCUUCUCCCGCUCAGACCAGAAUGGUUCAGUCUCCAUCUCCCUCCACCACAGUACAGAAGGCCAUCACGGUGGCUCCCGGCGGCACAGCGGUGUCGGUGAAGAUGGCGCCCGCUCAGAAGGCUCAGACGGUGAUAACGCCGGGGGGCACGACUGUGGCGAAGCCGUCCACCUCUCCGAUGACCAACACGUCGCCCGCUACCACCGCCACGCCCGCCAGAGUGACAGUGGUGUCCCAGGAGAUGCAAGAAAACGUGAAGAAAUGCAAGAACUUUCUGGCUACGCUCAUUAAGCUGGCGUCCCAUAACUCCCCCUCCCCAGAUACCUCCAAGAAUGUGAAGGCCCUGGUGCAGGACCUACUCGAUGCUAAGAUUGAGCCGGAGGAGUUCACCACUCGGCUGCAGGCGGAGCUGAAGUCGUCUCCACAGCCCUACCUCAUCCCCUUCCUAAAGAAAAGCCUCCCCGCCCUUCGUCAGUCUCUCCUCAGCAGCCAGCAGUCCUUGACGACGGUCCCCCCCACCACCUCCGCGCCCCCUCUGGCAGCCCCCGGCGCCGUCACCACCACCGCCAUCCGACCGCGGCUGCCAAUCAGUCCCGCCACCAGCACCGUCCGACUGAACGCGCCGCUCACAAACACAACUCUGGCUGUGGGCAGAGCAGGAGUGCAGACUUUGCAGACUCGUUCACCUGUUGUCGUCAGUCAGACUCUCAGACCGCAAGCUACGCUAGUAAGAGGGCCCACCACCAUACUGGGUAAAACUCCUAUUCACCUGGCAGCGCAGGCCAAUCAGAAGAAACUGAGUGACCCAGGGGGCGGGACUUUCAGAGAUGACGACGACAUCAACGACGUGGCGUCCAUGGCCGGCGUCAACCUCAACGAGGAGAACGCCCGUAUCCUAGCGACCAGCUCGGAGCUCGUCGGCACCAAGAUCCGCUCCUGUAAGGACGAGGCGUUCCUGCCACCGGGCCUGCUGCAACGCCGCAUCAUGGACACAGCUAAGAAGCUCGGUGUGACCGAGGUGCCGAUGGAAGUGGUGAACUUCAUCUCUCACGCCACCCAGUCCAGACUCCGCACGCUGCUGGAGAAGGUUUCAGCGGUCGCUCAACACCGCGCAGACGGCGGAAAGGAUGAAGAGCAUCACGAACAGACGACAGACGUUCGCUCUCAGCUGCGUUUCUUCGAGCAGUUGGAGCGGAUGGAGAAACAGAGGAAAGACGAGCAAGAGAGAGAGAUGCUGCUGAAGGCUGCCAAGAGUCGCGCCAGGCAAGAAGAUCCUGAGCAGGCUCGUCUGAAGCAGAAGGCGAAAGAGAUGCAGCAGCAGGAGUUGGCUCAGAUGCGGCAACGAGACGCCAACCUCACGGCGCUCGCUGCCAUCGGACCACGAAAGAAACGCAAGCUGGACUCGCCGGGUGGCUCAGCGGCCGGCUCAGAGGUGGCUUCGGGCUCGGGCUCAGGCUCGUCUCCCGCCUCUUCCUCCCGCCAGCAGCUCCGUCAGCGGAUCACGAGAGUGAACCUCAGGGACUUCAUCUUCUGUCUGGAGCAGGACCGCACCACAGCGCGCUCGCUAAUGCUCUACAAGGCGCUACUCAAAUAAAGAAAUACGGUGUCCCUCUUGCCCCCCCCUCCCUCCUCCCUCCUCCUCCUCCUCCUCCUCUUCCACUGCAGAUCUUUUUGAACUGGAUAACACUUCACCUGCGUCCCUUCUCCUCUUCCUCUAAAUCUAAAUCCAAAUCCACAUCUGCAUCCUCCUCCAGUCUGUCACCUCUUAAUUUUUAUUUUUAUUUUUUACAUCUUCUAUCGUUGUCUCAUUUUUUUUUUUUUUUUUUUUUUUAAAAGCUCGUCCUCGUGCCUCGCUUAAGACAGCACAAAAGAUUCCCUCUCGAUUCGGUGUGUUUGGUUAAUAGCGACAGAUAUUAUUAAAACAACCAAACACACGGAGUUGAAAGUGUGAAAAGCUGCAGGUCUUAAAAACAAAACGAGGCACACUUUACAGAAAGUUUUAAAAGUGUUUUUUCCAGACUGUCAGAGAUGAGCAGAUGAUUUCCUGUCGGGGGGAGGGAGGGGUUGGGGGGGUUCUUCUCAUUUCGACUCUCCAGCGCUGUACCCCUAAAGAGGUGCCUUCGAGUCAGAGCUUCUCCUCCUCUCCUAUCUCCAUAGCAACGUCAAUUUUUUUUAAUGUCUGUCUCCUUUUUUGCGAUUCAGUAGCCCGCUCAGCUACCCCACUCAG